AUGUCUUUAGUACAGUCUGCCAGUGGCACGGAGAGAGAGAGAGAGAGGACAGAGGGACCGCUGAUUAGGAUGAGAGCGCCGGUCGAACAGGCAGGUCGCAAUCUCAGGAACGCGCAAAGAUUCUUCGUGGCUGCAUCCAGUGUUCACACCGGAGCGACGAAGCGAGGAGAGCAUCUUGCCUGGACCUCGGGGAAGAGAACAGUGGAAUUAUAACUAGGACAGUAUUUAUGAAUGACAAACUAACAGCGCGAAAAGCAAUCGCUGAUAAGCGGCGUCUGAAGACGUUAGGGCAGCCGGGGUGGGGUGGGGUGGGGGGGGACUUCAAAGACACAAAAGAUCAGCCGAGGAGCGAUGUGUGAAAGGGAGUUGCGGCACCUGACAACAGUGUGUGCCGUCCUGGUGACACUGCACGCCCAGGUGCUGCUGGCUGCCGGCAGCUUCGAGUUGCAGAUCAAGCAGGUGCAGAACCGCAAUGGAGUGCUGUGGAGCGGGGAGUGCUGUGGAGGAGCAUCCACCGGGGGGCGCUGUUCGCUGGGCGAUCAGUGCAACACCUUUUUCCGGGUCUGUCUCAAGGAGUACCAGCUGAGAGUGUCCGCCACGGGGCCCUGCAUCUUCGGCACGGGGGCCACGCCUGUCCUGGGUGGGAACAGCUUCUCUUUGAGACACCAGCCUCACAGUGAGCACGACGCGCGCAUUCUCAUCCCCUUCCAGUACGCCUGGCCGAGAUCGUACUCCCUGAUCCUGGAAGCUCUGGACUAUAAUAACAGCACCUCCGGGCCAGCUCUGGAGCAGCUGAUUGAGCGGGUGACUCACUCAGGUAUGCUGAACCCUGGCGAGUGGCAGCCCCUGCGUCACCACGGCCGAGUCGCUAGCGUGGAAUACAAGGUGCGCGUCCACUGCGGGGAGAACUACUUCGGACCGUUCUGCAACAAGUUCUGCCGGGCUCGCGAUGACUUCUUCGGGCACCACGUCUGCGACGCCGGGGGAAACCGGGUCUGCAGCGAGGGCUGGAUGGGAGCGGAGUGCCGGCAAGCUAUUUGCAAGCAAGGCUGUCACCCGGUGCAUGGGUACUGCAAGCAGCCUGGAGAGUGCAGGUGUCACUAUGGCUGGCAGGGUCCGAACUGUGAGGAGUGUGUCACGUUCCCGGGCUGUGUGCAUGGCUCCUGCACAGAACCCUGGAAAUGUGUGUGCGACACCAACUGGGGAGGCUUGCUGUGCAACAAGGAUCUGAAUUACUGUGGCACUCACCAGCCCUGUCUGAACAGCGGCACCUGUGUCAACACUGAGCCCAAUGAGUACCAGUGUAUCUGUGAGGAGGGCUUCCGAGGGCGAGGCUGUGAGAUCGUGGAGCAUGCCUGUCUGUCCAGCCCCUGUGCUAAUGGAAGCACCUGCGUUGAAGACUCUUCUGGAUUCCAGUGCCUGUGUCCUGCUGGCUGGACUGGACCCACCUGCACGGAGGAGACAGACGAGUGCGGGCCCAGCCCCUGUGCCCACGGCGGGACUUGCCAGGACCUGCACAAUGGAUUUCAGUGCAGCUGCCCGCCACAGUGGACUGGCAAGACCUGCCAGCUGGAUGCUGACGAGUGUGAGCUGCAGCUGUGCGUGAACGCGCUGGCCUGCAGGAAUCUCAUUGGAGGAUAUUUCUGUGACUGCGCUCCAGGGUGGAGCGGACAGAACUGUGACAUGCGGAUCGAUCCCUGCCCUGGAGAGUGCCAGCAUGGGGGGCAGUGUGAGGACUCGCCGAGUGGCUACAGAUGUCACUGCCUGCCGGGAUACACAGGGCUGUACUGCCAGACCAGGCUGGGUGAAUGUGCUAGCGCCCCCUGCCUGAAUGGAGGUCUCUGUUCAGACCUGGAGGUUGGAUUCCUGUGCCACUGUGCAAUGGGUUUCACUGGCAAACACUGUGAGGUGGUGCUGGACCUUUGCAGUUCCAACCCUUGCCAGCAGGAGUCGCUGUGUCAGAGCACCGAGGGCGGCUAUCUGUGUGCCUGUCCCGAGGGUUACGAAGGCAAGGACUGCAUGCGCCUGAAGGACCCCUGCCAUGGAGUGCACUGCCAAGGCUCCCAGGGGACCCUGUAUCUGAUCAUCAUCCUGCUGUCAGUGCUGGCAGUCCUGGUCAUCUCUCUCUGCAUCUUUCUGAUCGUCCGCCAUCAUCGCCGGAGAAAGGACAGUCAACGCAGCCCGCCCGACGAGAGCAUCAACAACCAACGCGAGUACAUCAACCUGAUUAGGAACCUGCCCAAACCCGAGGAGAUUGAGCUGGCCCUGCCGCCACCCCCCUCCGCUCCCCUUCCCGAGAAAAAGCUCCUGAUGCAGGGCUCCGAAGUGCCGAAAGUGGAUAUCUCCAACCUGGAGCGUGAGAAACUCAACCACUUCCACUGCCCGGACUGGGAGGAGCCGGAGGUGUGAGCACUCCUGCCAGGCAGGCAGGCAGGCAGACAGGCAGGCAGACAGGCAGGCAGGCAGGCAGACAGACAGACAGGGUAGCUAGGACAGCAGUCAAGCUGCUGGCACACACCAUUCAGAAAGAGUUUCUGACUGAGGAAUCUGCCAUUGACAGACCCAGGAUGUAUGUUUCACAAUUGAUUGAGAUGUAUCUGGUUCCUCAUUAGCAAUUGCAGGUAGCUAGCAAGGGUUACGCAUAAUUAGGGCUUUGACUGUUUUGUAUUUUUUUUUCAAGCUAUGCUGCUUCUGCACGUGGACCUGUGGUUGGGUGGUGCUUUACUGGUCAAAAAACUGACAUCAGUGCAGGAUUGAAGCAGAGAGACAUGCUUUACUUCUAGCUUGAGCCCGUGUGUGUGAAGCUAGUAAGCACUGGUAGAGGCCCUGCUUCUUGAAUUUCAGAGAGUUUUUUUUGUUUUUUUUUCACUUUUUAAAACAUGUAUUUUGAAAAACCGAGAAAUAUUACCUACCAGUGGGGCACCUAUAUUGGUAAGGUUCGUUUUUAAAAUCGAUCUUUCUUUCCAAUGAGAUUUGCUUAUCAGGAUAAUAUGUUUUGUAGUGUUCUCUCGUAAAAGGCAAACAGAGUCUGUGUCUCUAUUUUCCACCCUACCCUACAAGGAGUGCACUUUGAUGGGCGUUUUGCGGGGUUGUUCAGAGGAGUGCAGAUGGUCAUUAGACAUAUGUGUAAAACUAAUUGUGAGGCUAAAACCAGUUAUUGUGAACUAUGUUUACUGUACUGCUGUCAUUCUUUCAGUGAGGGAAGAGGCGUGCAGGUGUAAGAGCACAGGGGGACGAUUUCAGAUUAAGUUCCUCUAAAGAAACAUUCAGAAGGGGCAGAGAGAUUUCAGACCUGGGUGAAGUGAGAGUGUGAUUGUGGGGGUAGAGCUUUGCUCCUCAGUGGAUCUGUGCUGCAGAAAUAUCUUGUGACUUCUAUUGACUUCCGUGAUUUUAGUUAAGAAUUGCGCAACCUGCUGUAAUAACUCCAGUCCACACAGAGCUGUAUACAGGUGUUUGCAUUCAGUAUGAGCUAAACAAGGUUACCCAUUACAUACUAAUAUGAGCCAAGGGGGCUAGACGACAGGGAGCAAUCACAACACAUCAAACCACUGUACUGUGGAGCAUGCUCAGCAGGGUUUGUGAAGAUCAUCUUCUCCAAAUUCCUGAUGGCAAAAAGUGAUUCUCGUCAAUAUUACAGAUCUUUGUCUUCUAGAAUUGAUUUGAUUGAUCUAGACACUUGAUCUAGAUUUGAUUUAGGGUGAAAUUCUCUUAAAGUAAUCGUAGCUGUUGACUCCAUACAUCGUAUCUGUGUUUCACUCCCACGAGACAGGUCUGAAAAUGUGCAGUUUUGAAAGAAGCACAUUUUAUAGUUGUCAUUUCCUAUGCCUUCUCCUUAUCUGUUACACGUCUUGGGUCAUUUCGCCUCAGUGGUGUCUUCCAGGUCAUAGUGCUGCUGCAGGUCAGUCAAUAUAGGAAGCAGCUGGUUGUUUAAUGACAGGAAAGAAGCCAUUGAAGGGGGCGGGUCGAUUCUCCACGUGUAAUAACCAAGCAGGUGCAACACUAACUGAGAGCAUGCUCAAAUAUUGAAUACUGUUUGGAAACAUGGGACCCAAUUCAUGGUGAAAAUGAAAGACUAGUGGACAAAUUUUGCCUUGAAGGCUGAGCCGUAGUUGGUGCUCGAGUCCACUAGAGGGAGUCAUGGUGCUUGAGUCCACUAGAGGGCAAUACACAAAUACGUAUUGUUGUGUAAAGCCAUCACUGGUAUCUUUGCCAGUUGCCAGUUUCACACCCUUUCAGCAAAAGCAUAGCAAAGUGUAAUAAAGCACAGUGAAAGCAUAGGCAAGCAUUGUGAAGACCAGAGAGGUAUGGUGAAACACAUUCAGAAGUAUGGUAAGUGCAUAACAUAGCAAUGGGAGAAGCAUAGACAAACAAACUGGGCAGAAAAUCCUAAACAACAGAGAUAACGUUAACCCAAGACACGACUUCCAAUUUAACAUAGAGACCAGGACAAGAGGGUGUGACUGGAAGCUGAGCAAAGUUUAGAAAACAAGGUGGAAUUACAUGGAAUAGCCUAGCAGGUGAUAUAUCAGGAAUAACACUGGGAACAUUAAAAAGCAAUCCAUUCUGCCCUAUUACAUAAGAUGCCCCCUGUGUUUGCAAGCGUUCUGGGUCUUUCUGGGUUCAGUUGAUCCAGUAUUGAGUCAUUAUCGUUCUCUAAAGCUGCCGUUACCUUGCUUUGAGCUGCUUGGAGCUUGUCUGGAGAAUCCGAAGUGCUGGCACUCAAAUCAUGUAAUCUCUCAACAUCUGUGGGUCCAGUUGAAAAGUCACAUGAUUUGAAUGAUGGAAGGCUGUUCAGUCCUGGGACUUGGGGGUUCCUCCAAAAGAUCAGUAUUGGAGCAAUAGAGCGCAGUACCUCUCCAAAUGAUUGCACACACCCUUGAAUAGAAAAUGUGAAACAGCAAUUCAAAUGACAUGUGAAGCUACCUGCUCUGAAUGGCACAGAUAUGUUGCAGAAUUGUGCAGCUUGCUGCAGGGUAUCCCUUGUUGACGUGCGCUCAAGCUAACCAUAAUAGUUCUCUUGGUUGCUAACUAGGUGACUAUCUUCCUGCUUCAGUUUGAAACUCUGUGUUACAUAAAAACUACAACCAAGCGACCCAGCCCUUCUCUAUCAGCAAGUUUGUGCUUGAACACAUUCCUGCUCAAGAUGUGUGAUCUACUUUUGUGUAAAUACCACUUUUAUUGUAAAUGAUGUACAUAUUUAUAUUUGGUCUUUUAUUGAACAUUUUUUGUACUGCGCUAAUGUCUCCUUGUUUUUUUUGUUGUCU